CCUGGUUGAUUAAUCGCCGAGAAUUUGCCAGCUAUUGCAAAUGCAGAAAAUCGAAUUUAUUCUAAUGUUUUAGCUACAUAAACAAUGCCUAAUGCAUGAAACUUGCUUUUGAACAAACUUUCUUUUAUCUGUUAUAAACAUACAAAGAAAUAAUUCAAUUUUCGAGCAAAGAAUCAGAUUCGAAUGAGUAAACAACGGCGAAAAGUACGAGUCGUGUUAUUUAAUAACUUUGAGAAUAAUCAGUGCGUUUGUUUCGGCGUAUAAGAGGCUUAGAAACGUGAGUUCGGUUCAGCACGGUUUCGUUAAGGUCCUUAAAAGUGUUGUUUGCAUAAUUUAUCCAACAAAAACAGUGAAAAGAAACAUUAAUUUGACCAUUAAACCACCCGUGAACUGAAAGCUGAACUUGCUUGAUGGUAAUAAGCUGAUAUAUGCUCGCGAUAAACAUGUAAAGAAGACAUCUCAAGAAUUUGUGGUAAUGCAGAGAGGCAGCGAUGUAAAUAAAUUCGGUGCUGCUUUGAGGAAAAUUUCCCUUUCAAGCUACAGAAAAUAGCUCGACUACAGCUGCAGGUGAAAACAAUAAACCAACAGACUGGUUAUUACUAAAGUGGUUACGGAAUCGUACAUAUACGGAUUUGAAUCUUCCGGGUGCUCCGAUCCAAGGAAGAUUCUAAGUUAAGAUGCAUGCAUCUUCCGCCGCGGCGACCGCACUUGUGGAGUACUCGGACGUUAGCUCGGAAGACUUCUCGGAUGCCGAGGCCGGAGAGGCGGACCAUGCCGCAGCAAAUAACAAAAAACCAAAGCCAGCCACUGAUAAUCAGUUUACAAAAAAUCGGCCCGCCCCUAAGAACGAAAAGGAAGGCUAUGACAAUUAUAGAAAACGACGUGGAGACGAAUCGAAUGAUUCACACUCUAGAAAAGAGACCUCUAAUCAUAGAGAUGUUCCCGCAACUACUACAUCGAAGGACGAAUUGUGGAGCAGGGAGCUUUACAUGUCCAGUGACGACACCAUCGACACCGAUGAACUGGAGGCUGAGAUGAAGCGGCAAAAACGAAAGAAGCAAAAGAAGGAGAAGCAAAAGCACAAGUCCAAAAAGAAGUCCAAGAAGCGAAAGAAGAAACGGGCCAAGUCCUACUCCAGCAUCGAAUCCAUGUCUGACAACGAGAUCAAUGCUCUUUUGGACCGUCGCUACACUCCUCCCACUGCUCCGCAAAAGAGCAAUGAGCGAACAGUCAGUGCAGCGCCCCCUCACAACAUCACGGACAGCAGUCCGCCAGCAACGCCGCCUCCCUCACGUCGCGCCAAUAAUAGCAGCGGCUACUACGGUGAUUCCGAACGAGUGGAAGCAAGCAGCACCUCAUUGGGUAGUAAUUUGCAGGUCACCGUCACAAACAAGUCAGCUGGGGGUAGCAGGCAUCGGACUCCUCCUUCGUCUGCUCGAUCCAGUGGCAAUGGGCCAAGGUUUGCCACCUCCCCGCGCACCCCACCGCCAUCACAUCAUAUCAGUGGUGGAGGAGUGGCGGGGACAUCAGGAUCUCGCGACUCGCGAAGCUCCCGAUAUGCGCAGAGUCCCCACAAAGAUGAUAUCAGCCUGCAUCACCGUAGUAGCCAUCACGAUGGCUACCCGGGGCGCUACGCGACUACAAAUGAUGGCAGGAAGAUAAAGCGGUUGACACCAGAAAUGGAUCGCUACAACCACCAAUCAACUACCCCGCCCCACAAAAGACGAAAGUACGGCGAUGGGCGGGAUGUGAGCAUCGGUAACAUUGACCACAGUAGGCACCAUUCGAGCAAAUAUGAUCGCUAUAGCAGAGAUCGGUAUUCCAGGAGGUCAUCGAGGAGCCCAAGUGUGCAACACUCGAGGAGUCGGCAAUCUCCCUUAGGUGGCCUUACGUCGGGUGGUGGGAGCUCUAACUCUUUCCGUCACAGCAGCAGCCACAAACAUAGGUAUAGCUCGGCGGCUAGUCCACCGUCUUCUCAUACGGCCAGGUCAUCGAAACGUGCUUCUGGAGUUGGAACAUCGGCGGAUCGUUACUCGAGGUCACCACGAACCAGCUCUCGUUACAUGGACUUGUCGUCGCCUUCGCCUGUAGGAGCUUCCAGCUCGCACCACCACUCUCAUCACUCGCAUCGUCGUUCACCGAAGCUGAGAAGCCAACGAACUAGAGGGGGCAGUCGUCGCCGGUCACCCAGCUCGAUCAGUAGUGACAGCUCGGCAUCGCGCAGUCGAUCACCCGCCUCGCGGGACCUCAAGAGUAAACGCGAGGAGUACAUUAAGAAGAUUAGCGAGACAAGCCUGUUUGCCGAAUUGGUGAAAGAUCGUCACAAAAGACAAAAGGCUUUGAAGGAGAUUAUCGAACGGCAGGAGGAGAAUAGCAACAGCAAUAGUAAUGGUGCCCUGACUAUCAACGAUAACAGCUCGUCGAUUGAUGGCAACACACCGAACUCGGGACCUGGAAGUGGAACACCAGCAGCGUUGAGCACGACUUCCAACGGCCUUGAGGUGGCGAAACACGGCGGCAAACCAGACUUCGACCUCAAUAACAUUCCCAUGCCAAACAAGGAGAUUGACCCGCUUCCAAAUACAAAUCUUAGCUCCGCCGACGUCUUGGAUAGCUCCACGCCUUUGAAACCCUCCCAACAGACAACUUUAAUCUCUAAUCUCAAACCGAAGAGUCUGACUGCGUUGCCUUUGCCACCUGGGAUGAAUGCCCUUGAUUUGGUCAAUGAAAGAUCUCCGUCGCCGGCGCAGAAAAAAGAAUCGGAUGAGAAAAAUAUCAAUUCCAACGCCAGCAACAACAAAAGUCUAUUAAAUCUUCCAAUGCCGCCGGUAAUUCCGGGAAGUGAAGAACUAAGUGGCGACGACGAUGUAAUCGACAGUCCGGAGGACUUUGAUGCUCCAUCGGGAGGCAAUGCGGGCAGUGGUCAUGGUGCCCAGUCUGCUAAUCGUCGUCGCCCCGUGAUACUCAAUCGGAGGGAUUCACGAAACAACGUUCGCGACUGGGGCGAGCGGUGCGUGGAUGUGUUCGAGAUGAUUGCCCAAAUUGGAGAAGGAACUUACGGGCAGGUCUACAAGGCUCGGGAUAAUCAUACCAAUGACAUGGUGGCCCUGAAAAAGGUCCGUCUGGAGCAUGAAAAAGAAGGCUUUCCCAUUACGGCUGUGCGUGAAAUCAAAAUAUUGCGGCAACUUAACCACCGCAACAUAGUCAACCUCCACGAAAUUGUAACGGACAAACAGGAUGCAGUAGAGUUUCGUAAAGAUAAGGGCUCCUUCUACUUGGUAUUUGAGUACAUGGACCACGAUCUAAUGGGUCUGCUCGAGUCCGGUAUGGUUGACUUUAACGAGGAGAACAACGCGAGUAUCAUGAAGCAGCUAUUGGACGGCCUCAACUACUGCCACAAAAAGAAUUUUCUCCAUCGAGACAUCAAGUGCUCGAACAUUUUAAUGAACAACAGAGGUAAAGUCAAACUGGCGGAUUUCGGUCUGGCGCGGCUGUACAACGCCGACGAUCGAGAACGUCCCUAUACGAACAAAGUAAUAACCCUGUGGUAUCGACCGCCGGAGCUUCUUCUGGGCGAGGAGCGAUAUGGUCCGUCGAUUGAUGUCUGGUCAUGCGGCUGCAUUCUGGGUGAACUCUUUGUGAAGCGGCCGCUGUUCCAGGCCAAUGCCGAGAUGGCGCAGCUGGAGACCAUAUCAAAGAUUUGCGGCUCUCCAGUGCCUGCCGUGUGGCCAAAUGUUAUAAAGCUGCCCCUGUUUCAUACGCUGAAGCAGAAGAAGACGCAUCGUCGCCGCCUGCGAGAAGACUUUGAGUUUAUGCCAGCCCAGGCACUUGACCUUCUGGACAAAAUGCUGGACCUCGACCCCGACAAGCGCAUCACGGCCGAAGAUGCGCUCCGUUCGCCAUGGCUAAAGAAAAUUAAUCCUGACGACAUGCCCACGCCACAGUUGCCGACGUGGCAAGACUGCCAUGAGCUUUGGAGCAAAAAGCGACGUCGUCAGCUGCGGGAACAACAAGAGGCACUGCCUCCGACGGUGAUAGCCACGACCAAAUACCAACAGCAUGGAGCUGCCAUGGUGGGAGAUGCUUAGCAUUUGCUGUAUGCUUCGCUUCUGAACGUAAGGGAGAGCAUUAAACAGCACGAUGAAGAUGGGGAGGAGGAGGAGGAGGAGAAUGAAUGUGCCUGGUGGCACUAGUAACUAAUAGUAACGUAACUAGUAAUGGGAUUCUGUUAUUCGUGGACAGGGUCAGAAUAGUUUGAGUUACUCUAACCUAACCGCUGUUGCGUUUCAGACAGCUUCAAUAAAGUCUUGGCUACAUUUAUAAAUUGCUUUAUAUGUUGGGCAUAUUGAAUAGAUCGCUGUAAAAACUCAAUAAUAACAAUUACGAUACAUAUAUUUGGUUUUAAAUAUUUAAUUGUACUCUUCAAUUUGUAUUUAUUGUUCAAUCGAAUCUAAAUUUGGCAAUCGCUUGAGGCCUCAUCAAUAAUGAGCAGGAAUGCAAUAAUUCACGAAACAUAAUAAUGUAAUAUAAUAACUCAGUGCGUAUAAAUAUAAAUAUUUCAGAAACGAGCGAUUCACACAGGCUUGCGAAGCGAUUUUUGAGUGAGGAGUACGUUUCAAAGCCUACGAUAUAAGCGUACAUAGUGAAGCAGUUAAAGAUUAGCAUUUUAAUUCAAAAACAAAUUGUUAUAUAAUAAUAAAAUAGACUACAGAUAGUAUAUUGACUAGCUUAGUUUAUUGUUAAGUAUUUAAGUAAUGUGUAAAUUAUAAAUGAAUUUAUCAAGUAAAUAUGUACUAAUUUACCCAUA